AUGCUGCCCUUCGUCGUCGCUGCCCUCCUCGGCCUCUCGUCUGUGCUCGCGCGCUCGCCCCACUACAUCCCAGAAGACCCCCAUGCGUUUCCCAAAUACCGAGUGACCUUCUUGAACGGCCUGCCCGUCCUUAAUCAGACGGCGCACUCGUGGCUGCAGGGCGGCCUCAAAGGCGGCGAACGGGAGUUUCUCGAACAGCCGCUGGACGACGAUCAAUGGCAGACGAAUCCAUUUCGCAAAGGUAUUGGUAGCGGAGAUGACCUGCAGCAGGACUCUCUGAGCGAGCCGCCCAUUGAGAGGCCUGCUGCUACUAACUACUCGCUAGAGCUUAUGAAAAUUGGGCCCCAUCAUUCCUAUCUCUGCUAUAUCCCCCCACCGCCGGCCAACCCACCGCCGACGGAGGACAGCCAGCCAAAUGUCACCCCCGUGCAUAGUUGGUCUCUACUGCAGCCGCUCUCUGGUACAUGUUUAUACCACAAGCAAGGUUGGUUUACAUAUUCGUAUUGCCAUAAUUCGCACGUCCGUCAAUUCCGGGAGAUGCCCCAUGCGCACCCGCACCCUGGGGGUUACAGGCCAGAAGAGGACCCUGAUUCUGAGGCCUACACUCUGGGACGAGCACCGCCUACCCCGGAGCCUGGUGCGGAGCUGACUGUUUCUGAAGAAGCUGCGCUCGCGGCCAAUCUCGAGUUGGCCCGAGACGCCGGCUCGAGUUACCUGGUUCAGCGCUGGGGCGACGGUACAAUCUGCGACAAAACUGGCAAGCACCGGGAAAUAGAAGUCCAGUUCCACUGCUCGAUGACCAUGACAGACACCAUCCUCUUCGUGAAGGAAACCAAAACCUGCCACUACGUCAUGGUCAUUCACACACCUCGCUUGUGCGGCGAACCCGGUUUCAAGUCUAGACACGAACAGCGCGAAGAAUCCUUCAUCCGCUGCAGGGAGAUCGUCCCUUCCAUAGAUGGUGUCGACAAGAGCCUGCCGGAAACAGAUUAUCCGUUCACUUUAUCGCAGCAGGCGCCCAAAAAGCCCAUAUUACCGCCUGCUGCGCCAACCAAAGCGCCGCUCGAGCGCGCUACAGGCGUUUUGAAACAAGCUUUGAGCGGCGAGGUCCUCAACCGCGCUUUCGAAGCUCUUCUUGCUACCGAGCAGGUACCAAGAGGUGAAGUGGUGGUUGAGCGCCUUGGGGACACGGACGUCGUCAUUGAAUUCCUGGAUGCGGAUGCCCUCCUAGCCGAACACGGGGAGGGUGAAGGCGUGCAAGCUAUCACGCAUGAGCACUUGGCCGAAGCUCUUCGUGCCGCUGGAUUUGAUGUCAAGGGAGAGAAGAAGAGACAACCUAAGCAAUCUCCGUCCAGUGACGAGAAGUCUGAGGAGGACGCUGGCCGGGCCUCGGACCCAUCCUCGCAAUCCCAUGACGAACUCUGAUGUAUCUGUGCAUAUAUAACGAUAUAUAAUAGGAUUUGAUUGUUUUGAUUCGGAACAUACAGAUGAGCUUCUCCGUGGAUGCAAAGUCCGCCGGGCCAUUGGCAUAAAAAUUACAGCAAAAUAUAUAGAUGAAAGAGUUAUAGCAGUCGCUCUAUCAUUAACGAUGGUGAACGCCAAACAUAAAAGAGCAUAUAAUAAAAACUUUUGUGUAGCCCAACAGUCAUCAUCGCCAUCUAAAAUGAAGCAGAGGUAGCGAUCGAUAAUAAAUGACGUUAGAUGGAUAUAGGGGCAGUUGAGGCAAAGAACUCGAAAAGCAGAUGCCUCGCCGCGGAAAGGGCAUAUGUCUACAAAGAAAUUGCAGUCCCAGGUGGUACAAAGGGAUAUUUACAUGGACUUCGUCUGGAGACCCCCGCCAGGGCACUUCUUUAUUGGAUUUCCAUGACUUGCUAAAAGAAGCGCCGCUUGUGCGCCUUCUCCUCGACAGCGACCUGGAUGUGGUGGUGGUUGCUCUGCAGACGCUCGACCGAGCAGGGGACAAUGCUCUUGAGCCACUCGUCGCCGUCGUCCUCCUCUUCCGGCUCAUGGCAGUGGUCCUCACAGAUAUGAUUGCCGGGCGUCUCGAUACCAGAGGAGUGGUGGCAUCCACAAAGAAGAUCGUCGUGCUUGCCCCGACCCUUGAGCAAGUCGGUCAGGGUGCAGCGGGCAGAAGGCUCGAUGUGCAUCAUCCUGCGCAGCGCAGGCCGAGUUUCCCGAGGGAGCAGGCGGAAGAUGGACUCGGCGCCACCGCCGUUGAAGGUGGCGACAGAAGCUGCGCUGUCCUUCCUCGAGCGAGUUGACGUUGACUUGCUGCUGCCGCCGUUAGCGGCCGUGCCACGGAUGGUCGUCUGUGAGUCCUCCUUGACCUUCCUCUUCCUCUCUUCCUCCUUUUUCUUCUUCUGGUCCUCCUCUUCCUUGACGACGCUCAGGGCCUCAUCGGCAGCAGCCUUGACUCUCGGACUGGUAGGUCCAUUGAACGUGUUCGCGCGGACUCUGUGGCCCCUCUCAGGAGGCGGGGCGAGCAACGGCAAGCCCGCGUUGACAGGCUUCAUCGUCGGGGUCUUCACAUCAUCCUCGUUGACGACGCCGUGGAUGGUCCGCGGAGGCUCGAAGAACGCAGGGCCAAGAACAGGGCUGGCCGGCAAACUCUCGGUCGACUGGCCUGGCCGCGCAAAAGUCCUCACGCUCGGGUCCAUAUCUUCCGUCGGGCUGUCGACCUGCCGGAGGCCCAAACCCAAACCCAAACCCUGCCCGUUGCCCAUCAGCGCAACGUCCUCCUCGCGCCACACCGCGGGCAACGUAGCCGUGCUGUGCGACAGAACCGAGUUCGGGUGCUGCAGCGACUGGCGGACGCGGUCCCGGCGGAUUUGUUCUGGCGAAGCCGAGCCGUCCUUCUGCAAGACGGACGAAGGUGGCGACGCCCGCGAGAUCGCAGUCUCAGAGGCAGAGUACUCGGACGACGAGGCGAUGGAUGGCGUCCGGCUGGAGGCGGCCGUACUGCUCAAGACCGAGGCAUCCGAAGGGUCAAGGUAAGUGCCAGUGCUCUCCGCCCUCCGCGGCAUCGACUGGAGGCCCGUCGAGCUGCUCCUCGAGCUCGGAGCCAACGACGGACUCUUCCUCGGCGAAGUAGUCCCAUUCGCCUUCUCCUGCUUCACGUCGCCGUUCUGCUCGGGGGCAGGCAGCUUGGGCACGGGUGGGGGCAGACUCGGCUUGCGCUCCUUCUUCUCCCUCAGAUCCGGGUGCGCGUUCACAAACGCCCUGAAGCUCGCAUCCUUGCGCGGGUCGGGAAUCGUCCACGGGAACC